CAACAGACUUGUUCCAGAAAUUCUGUAAAUAGGGCCUAGAAAUCAAUAUUCAACGGGAAGGUUAGAUGCAUGAGCGGAAUAUUACCAUGGUACUCACCCUCUCUAUCCAUUUGUGACAAUAAAUUCUUGUUACCAACAGUAAUUAUUCUUCGGCAUAAUGGGAAAAAAGAGACCAGAUUGAUUUCAAAAUUAGCAUUUGAUACUAAAGGACAUGAGACCAGCAUCUGAAAAUGGCUUGGAUCGCCUUAGUCUUUGGAUUGGUGAUUGCGGUGGGAGUCUGCGUCAUAUGCAUCAGCGUUUUUUUCUGUAUGAAGUGUUCCAGCAAUAUUGGAUUGGAAGAGAGAGCAAACCGGAAUGCCUCGAUAAACACUUCACAAUCAGCAAUAGCUUUCCUAACUUCCACAAGUCACAAAACAUUUUUAUUUGAUGAUUCACAUAUUCCGAUAUCUGCUCCAGUCUCCCGUGAUUCAGAUGACAGCGAUGACAUGUCUGAAAAAGAAGACUCUGGGCACUACAUUAGUGACAACGAAGGGCGCAAUGCACACUCUACAGGAGAUGAUGCAGUUUAAUAACACUUUUCUACCCCAUGCAAUAUUUAGCAAAAUACUAAUGUCCAAUCAGUAGUGUUGAUUUGUAUUCAAUGUUUUCCAUGAAAUACACAAUGUAAUUUAG